UACCUUAAAAAAUUUGUAUUGCAUAUACCCGUUAUUAUUAGCACAAACUUCUCUAUAUGGAAUAUGUAAUGACAAAAUAACUACGUAGUAUACAUAUCCUGGUGUAUAAUAUACAUGUUGCAUCUUAUUAAUUUUUUGAAUUUAACUAGCAGAUGUCUCGACAAGGCAAUGAUGAUUGACGACAAAGAUUUAUCGAUGAAAUCCAAAAAUCCAUGGCGGCUUUGCUCAGUAAAGAAAGUGGAAGAAGUAAAGCUUAUAAUUCGAUUGUUACCAAUUUGGAUAUGCACCUUUGCAUACGCUAUAAUAGUAGCACAAGUACAUACCUUCUUUAUCAAGCAAGCUAGCACCAUGAAUCGAUCAAUUGGCCAUAAGUUUGAAAUUCCACCUGCUUAUCUUCAAGUCAUCCCUGGGUUUACUAUCCUAGUUUGUGUUCCUCUCUAUGAUAUACUCUUUGUUCCUAGUAUGAGAAAUCUCACUAAAACCCCCCUCAGGCAUAAACACACUCCAGAGUCCAGAGGAUCGGCAUUGGGUUGGGACUAUCCAUACUCACCAUUAUAAUAGCAGCUCUAGUAGAGUCAAUGCGGAUAAGUAUAGCUAGUAAUUAAGCAUGGAAUCAUCGACGAUCCAAAGGAAAUAGUUCCCAUGAGCGUAGGAUGGUUAGUCCCACAAUUUGUAGUGAUGGGACUUAGUGAUAUGUUUACAUAUGUUGGAAUGCAAGAAUUAUUUUAUGAUCAAAUGCCAGAUGACAUGCGAAGCAUAAAGCAUUGGUUCUGCCUUGACUAAUGGUGCAAUAGGUGUUGGAGCUCUCAUGAGUAGCGUCAUUAUAACUGCUGUUCAAGGGAUGACUUCCAAGUGGAAAUAUCCAUGGUUGGUUAAUAAUCUAAAUCGCGCUCAUCUUGAUCAAUUUUACUGGGUUCUGGCUGGAUUAUGUGCUCUGGAUUUGGUCAUUUAUGUAUUUGCUGCUAAAUGGUUUGUGUGGAAGAAUACUAAUUAAGCUUCAUCAAAUUGUUUGUGGAUCACAAAAAUAUGCAUAUGUAGAAAUAAUCUUUACCUAUUCUACCUAAAAUAUGGGGUUUGUGCGUACAUU